CAGGUAAGGACCUUGUCAGGCAGUGGUCUGAUUCGGAAGAUUCUGAGGAGGAACUGCCUGACCCACAGUCCCCUGAUAUGGUCCGGCUGCAGGAUGCUGAGGAGGAAGCCCCACGGACACCGAUAUCUCCCUCUGACCACCUCUUCUCCCUUCAAGAUUUCUUACAUCAUUACAACUCAAGAGGGCUUCGGUCAAACUCUGAGGAAACCUGUGCUGACCUACAAUUUGGCAAAUGAUUUCCAACAUUUGCAAAUCGGAAAGCACAACCUGCAAAGCGUGGCCUAUACUGAGUGAAGCCAGAGAGAAUCUGAAUAAAAUGCAGCCAGAUAAAGCUGCCUGGGACUCACUCGCUCACUGGCAUGAAACUCCCAGACCAAACCAUGAACGGUAGAAAUGUACCAUCUCCCAGUGUAGUACAACAUUCGAACCAAAGACCAGGAAGCUGACAGCAGAAUCCUUCCCUUUCUGAUGCAUCCUGAAGAGGAGUCAGAUUGGAAAGCAGUUGGAAUGGGAUUCCACUUGCAUGCAUGGUAGAGCCUUCUAAGGCCAGGAUGCCCUCCAAAUUUCAGAGAAAUAUCUCCACUAGUUUAUAUACAGAACCUCAGCUUUUCGAUGACAGCAAACAGGGGACGGUGUCCAAAAAGAGCCUGAAGAAUUCCCAGCCUUUCCAUGUCUAAUCAAGGAGCAUAAAACAUUAGCCACAUGGUCUUCAUUUCCAUCUUGUUUCUUCAUGCUAAAAGGAAAACAUGCCAAAAAGAGAGAGAAAAGGGUGUAACACUUGUCCAUGCCCCCCAAAUAGAACCACAGCUGUCCAAUAAAUACGGUGGUCAUUUCCUGCAUACAAAUCAAUUUUCCCUGCAGUGGGGGAUGUGGUGAAUAAUGACGGGGUUGUUUAAGAAAGCAUGACUGAUUUGGGAUGAAGGAUCCUACCACUCUGACAUUUUCAUAGUAUAAUUUAUUGCACACAGCAUAUAAAGCUGUGGUAACCAGGUCUUGUUGCCAAGCUUAAUCGUGUGGAAUAGCCUGAAAAGACCACAUCACGGCAACAGCAGAUCUUUCCCUUGUAAAAGGCACUUGAACGCCUGAGACCUUGCUAUGUUGAAUAAUAUGGCACCCAAGGAUUUCCUCAAUUGGAGUCUCCCGGCUUUGCUUCUGUUUCUCCAUUUUUGCCUGUGCCAAGAAGAAUUCAUGGAGGUGAGCAGAAGAUCUAAUAAUCCAGUGGCCAAAGUAUUGCAAAGUCACCACCAGACUGGCCACAAAGGUUCCACCAGCAGCAGGGAAUUGUUGAGACAGCGGAGUCGACUUUUUGAGUGGACGGUUGAGGAUGAUGAUGAUGGUAAUAGCCCUUCUACUGAACCAAAUGCCUUGAAACCAGAGGUAGACGAUAUAGCACAGACUACCUCAAACAGAGUCCAGACUACACAGACUGGACCUCAGAGCCCACCAGAAUGUGGCUGUCGGGGGGAUUUUGGAUUUCGGAGUUAUCAAGGCCCACCAGGGCCUCCGGGGCCUGCUGGAAUCCCAGGAAACCAUGGAAACAAUGGAAAUAAUGGAGCUCCUGGUACUGAAGGAUUGAAAGGUGACAAAGGAGACAAGGGAGAUUUGGGACCAAGAGGAGAUCGGGGUCAGCAUGGACCAAAAGGAGAGAAGGGUUACCCGGGCAUUCCUCCAGAACUGCAGGUUGCAUUCAUGGCUUCAAUGGCAACACACUUCAGUAAUCAGAACAGUGGAAUAAUCUUCAGCAGUGUUGAAACCAAUGCUGGAAAUUUUUUUGAUGUCAUGACUGGCCGAUUUGGAGCUCCAGUGAACGGAGUGUAUUUCUUCACCUUCAAUAUGAUGAAGCACGAGGAUGUGGAGGAAGUAUAUGUUUACUUAAUGCACAAUGGCAAUACAGUGUUUAGCUUAUAUAGCUAUGAGUCGAAAGGAAAAACAGACUCAUCAAGCAACAGCGCAGUGCUUAAACUUCUCAAGGGAGAUGAAGUUUGGCUGCGGAUGGGAAACGGGGCACUGCAUGGAGAUCAUCAGCGCUUUUCCACUUUUGCAGGGUUUCUCCUUUUUGAGACCAAGUAGACCAAAAACAUUAAUUUCCAGGCAGAGAUUGCUAUUUCUGUUUCUCUGUUCUAUGGAGCAACAUGGUAACAACAGGAUGAAAUUGCAGGGCCUUUGGUAUCAAUGGAGUAUGCAAAGAAAGUUAGGCAUGAAUUGGUAUAUCCUCCUUUUUCUCAUUUUUAAUCACACUGCCUUGCUGUAGCCCUCAUGCUACUGGUACUUGAGCAGUUACUGAAAUUCUUUUCAAGAUAGUUUGGUAAGAUGAUUACAGCCUUUUGCCCUAAUUCAGAGAUCUCUAAGCAACAUUUCGCCCACAUGGAUGUGUGGCAUACACAGAAUGCCCUAAGCAUAUGGAUCCACUGGAUCUGCUUCCUUCUUUGAAAUGAUGAAUGGAAAAAUCAUUGUGUGUGGAGCUUCAUGUGUGGUUUGGAACUCCACAGCCAUAACAACAACAACAACAACAACUUCAGGUGUGCAUCCACAUCUAGUGUGCACGCAGUACUGCAUUCAUCAGCAUAGGAAUCUGCAUAUGGGAGCGGGUGGCUUCUGUGCACAAUUACCUAUUGCUGGAAUUGAGCAAAUGUCUCUAGGACCGGUGCUAAAGUUAGCAUUAGCAUCCAAUCUUUUAAAUGUUAAUUAGAGUAUUCUCUUUUGCUUGCUCAUCACUACAACGGCCAUUUGAAUAGGUCAGACAAUUUACAACAUGAUCUCUGAAUUUUGGAAUUAAUUGCUAGCCUGUGCAUAACACUUCAUUGUAGGACUAAUAAUAGGUUAGAUUUUCCCCUUCCAUACUAAUCAUGGGUAAAGUACUGAUUUUAAUUUUCUGCUUGGUUUACAACUAGGAGUAUUUCCAAACAGAAGAGUAAAAUGGAGGCGAUUCAGUGGACUUCUGUGAUUAAUUCUAUGUAGAGUUAGUGCCGGUUGUCUACAAUGCACCUAAUUUCCUCCCACAAUUCCCCAUCAACGCACUGUGAAUCUUUGAGUCAUUGUUCCCCUGAGGCUUCUCUCUCCUCUCAAUAUCUGGCCUCUCUCUCGCCUGUUCCUUGCCUGCUCUCCUUUCCGCUUCCAGCCCACUAUUUCUAUCAGUUCUACAGACAACCAAAAACAAAAUGAGUGGAAAUAUAAAAAUGUCAAGACAGUGAUUACAAUUCUUUUUUUUUUUAGUUAUUACCCUGUGCUGUCAUGCCACUCUUCUUCUAUGAAUUUGUUGUUGUUGUUGUUGUUGUUUUUAAAGCCUAUAGCUCCAUGGGUACAUGUUUGCAUACAUGCUCAUUAGAGCAGGGUUUCCUAACCUUGGCCCCCCAGAUGUUGUUGGACUACAACUUCCAGAAUCCCCAGACAUGGCCUUUGUGGCUGGGGAUUCUGGGAGUUGUAGUCCAACAACAUCUGGGGGCCCAAGGUUAAGAAACCCUACAUUAGAGAAUCCACAGUGUGGAGGAAUACAAUGUGUUUCUGUAAUGUUAUCUGGACAUUGGAUUGUAAUUAAUAAACAGUGGCUGCCAUGCUGCCCUCUUGCUACAGUA